AUCAGCCAGUGGUGGUGGUUCUGCCCAUGUAACUUUACUUACACUCAAAGAUUCUUCUCGAAAUCUUGUCACAUUCUACCAAACUCUUCCCUAAAACUUUCUGUCGAUCAUGCUGAGCUCUCCCUGAGCAACUCCCUAUCGAAAUACCUGUCGAAGAUCUUUUAUUGCCAGCGCAAAUUUGACUUAGCCCUUUCUUCCCACCCGCUUUCCGAGAUUCGCGACUCCACGAGUAGCCGCAGUCAUGGGCGACGAUAUACGUGUCGAGCUCGGCUCGGUUGCGCUCAAUGGCUCAUCGCCCAAGAAGGUCGCUUACUUCUACGAUUCCGACAUUGGCAACUAUGCCUAUGUUACUGGUCAUCCCAUGAAGCCUCAUCGCAUUCGGCUGGCGCAUAGCUUGAUUAUGCAGUACAACCUCUACCAGAAGAUGGAGAUUUACCGCGCGAAACCUGCGACUCGAGGCGAGAUGACCCAAUUCCAUACCGACGACUACAUCGAUUUCCUGCAAAAGGUCACACCAGACAACAUGGACAGCUUUAUGCGAGAGCAAGGAAAAUACAACGUCGGUGAUGAUUGUCCCGUUUUCGAUGGUCUUUUCGAGUUCUGUGGUAUCAGUGCAGGUGGUAGCAUGGAGGGUGCCGCGCGACUGAAUCGCCAAAAGUGCGACAUUGCCAUCAACUGGGCUGGUGGUCUUCACCACGCCAAGAAGUGCGAGGCCAGUGGUUUCUGCUAUGUCAACGACAUUGUCCUUGGUAUUCUCGAACUCCUUCGAUUCAAAAAGCGGGUCCUCUAUAUCGACAUCGACGUCCAUCAUGGUGAUGGUGUUGAGGAGGCUUUCUACACCACCGACCGUGUCAUGACUGUUUCGUUCCACAAGUACGGAGAGUACUUCCCCGGCACUGGCGAACUUCGAGACACUGGUAUUGGGCAGGGAAAGAAUUACGCCGUCAAUUUUCCCCUCCGAGAUGGUAUUACCGAUGUGUCCUACCGUUCAAUCUUCCAGCCUGUCAUUGAGAAUGUCAUGAAGUACUACCAGCCCGAGGCUGUUGUUCUCCAAUGCGGUGGUGACAGUCUGUCUGGCGAUCGACUUGGUUGCUUCAAUCUGAGCAUGGAUGGUCAUGCCAACUGUGUCAACUAUGUCAAGAGCUUCAAUCUCCCGACUCUUGUUCUCGGUGGAGGUGGCUACACAAUGCGCAACGUCGCUCGAACUUGGGCUUUUGAGACUGGUGUUCUUGUGGGCAAGGAGAUGGACCGAACCCUGCCCUACAAUGAAUACUACGAAUAUUAUGCUCCCGAUUUUGAGCUGAAUGUGCGAUCCUCCAACAUGGAGAACUCCAACAGCCGAGAGUACCUCGAGAAGAUCACUUCUUCAGUCAUCGACAACCUUCGACAAACAGGACCUGCUCCUUCAGUUCAGCUGCAGGACGUUCCCCGAAAGCCUUUCGGCGGUAUGACCGACGAGGAGGAGGCCGAGUUGAAUGACCUUGAUGAGGAUGAGAACAAGGAUGUUCGCAUGACUGAACAUCGUUGGGACAAGCAUGUUGAACACGACAACGAGUUCGAAGCCAGUGACGAUGAUGAGAUGGCCCAGGCACAUGGUGCCACGCGCCAGAAUGGCAACAAACGCACCUUUACCGACUAUCGCAAGGAAGAAAUGGAAAUCGAUAAUGCCGAUGCUCCUCCUGCCAAGGUUACCAACGGUGCUUCCACUGACGAACCUGCUGAGGAACAAGCUGGCAAGGAUGCUCACGAUGUGAAUGACGAUACUAUCGACGACAUCUCAGCUCCAGGCCCGGCCGAGAAGGAGGUUCCGUCCAAGGAGAGCGAGAAGCCUGACGAGACCGCCAAGGAACCUGAAGCUAGCAAAGUGGACGGAGACGGUGAUAUCGGCAUGGAGGACUCAGCGGCUCCAGAGGAGACAGCAAUCAAGAAGGAAGAGGUCGAGCCUGAGGCACCCGCGGAGCCUUCAGCGCCCACCGAGAAGGCUACAAAGGACGAGCCUACUGCCCCAGAGGCCACUGAUUCCGCCACGAAGGAGCCCACCUCAGAACCUAAAACCACCGAAGAGACCUCAGAUAAGCCUGCAGAAGCACCAGAGAAGGCUCAGAGCGAACAACCCGACGAUGCUAUGGACGUCGAUACGGAGAAGGAUAAGCCAGAGCCACCUACCGAGAAGAGCAAAAGCCCUGUAAGCUAGGGGCUUUUGGCCAAAGUCCUCUUGAUUUCUUAGAGAUAAUUUCACGUUACAAGCAAAAGCUCACGCCACGUGCAUCUUCGCAUGGAAGCAACCGUCCUUACGACGCUACAACAAGUAAGGAGACGAAAGCCUUGCAUGCCAAAGAAACAUGUGGCCUGCAGUCAGGCGUUCCGGGAGUAGGGAUAAAGACGAUACGAAGGGACAGGCAUCGAUUUGUACAAGAGGCUGGAAUUUAAAGGCUCGAUCACACAUCGGGAUGCCGUCUUUAUUAUGACGUUUGAUGUUUUGUACUGAGUAGUUUGUCACCAUAGCGAAGGAAAUUAAUUAAACACUACAAAUCACGAUGUCUUAGGUAUGAGUG